GCCGGAUAUAAGAAAUGAAAGCCCAUAACAUUCAGAGUGAUGAAUAUAUAAACGAAAAAGGGUUGAGUUAGGGUUUGUUUUGUUGAGUGUGAUCGAGCUGCAGCAGCAAUGUCGAAGAGAGGUCGCGGAGGAUCCGCCGGUAACAAAUUCAGGAUGUCACUGGGUCUACCUGUGGCGGCGACGGUGAACUGCGCCGAUAACACCGGAGCUAAGAAUCUCUACAUCAUUUCCGUCAAAGGUAUUAAGGGAAGGUUGAACCGUUUGCCUUCAGCUUGCGCUGGUGACAUGGUGAUGGCCACCGUGAAGAAGGGAAAGCCUGAUCUCCGUAAGAAGGUGCUUCCUGCCGUCAUCGUUCGUCAGCGUAAACCAUGGCGCCGAAAGGACGGUGUUUUCAUGUACUUCGAAGAUAAUGCUGGUGUUAUUGUUAAUCCCAAAGGAGAAAUGAAAGGAUCUGCUAUUACUGGUCCAAUUGCGAAGGAGUGUGCUGAUCUAUGGCCUAGGAUUGCAAGUGCUGCUAAUGCUAUCGUUUAAGUUGUAUUUCUAGUAUUGAUAAGGAUUUUGUUUUUUGCUAUUUGAUGUUGUCCUGUUUUAGAUUGAAUGGAUUUUGAAAUGAUUGAGGAUAGCUUAAAAGUUUUGAAUUUUGUUGUACUGCAAAGUCUUUGAAAGAUAUUAAUUUCUAGUUCUAAAGAGUUGUUUGUGUUUA